UUUCGGGGCUUCACUCCACAAGCACAACAGGCCUUCGACAAAUGUAGCUUCAAUUUGCUAACGGUUCUCAUGUGCCCACGAUUGACCAGAGAGCAGCUGAGGUGCGCGUGUGACGUUAUGAACCUCUUCUUCAUCUUUGACGAGCAUUCCGAUCGAUCCGAACCGGCCGAUGUAUGGAAUCAAGUCGACAUCGUAAUGGACGCUCUGCGCAAUUCCGAAACACCUUGA